GAGCUUCCGGUUCCGGUGGGGCCGUCGGUAACGAAGGAGAUGGCGGCGAUGGCGGCGACGGCGUCGGAGGCCGCGGCCUCGGGCUCUGGAGAACCCCGGGAAGAAGCGGAAGCCCCCGGCCCGGCUUGGGAUGAAUCCCAACUGCGCAAUUAUAGCUUCCCUACCAGGCCCAUCCCGCGUCUGAGUCAGAGCGAUCCCCGGGCGGAGGAACUUAUUGAGAAUGAGGAGCCUGUGGUGUUGACAGACACAAAUCUUGUGUAUCCUGCUCUGAAAUGGGACCUUGAAUACCUUCAGGAGAACAUUGGCAACGGAGACUUCUCUGUGUACAGUGCCAGCACCCACAAGUUCUUGUACUACGAUGAGAAAAAGAUGACUAAUUUCCAGAACUUUAAGCCCAAGUCCAACAGGGAAGAAAUGAAGUUUCAUGAGUUUGUUGAGAAACUACAGGAUAUACAGCAGCAAGGAGGGGAAGAGAGGUUGUAUCUUCAGCAAACACUCAAUGACACCGUGGGCAGGAAGAUUGUCAUGGACUUCUUGGGUUUUAAUUGGAACUGGAUUAAUAAGCAACAGGGAAAGCGUGGCUGGGGACAGCUGACAUCCAACCUGCUGCUCAUUGGCAUGGAAGGAAACGUGACACCUGCUCACUAUGAUGAGCAGCAGAACUUCUUUGCCCAGAUAAAAGGCUACAAGCGAUGCAUUUUAUUCCCUCCGGAUCAGUUUGAAUGCCUGUACCCAUAUCCUGUUCAUCACCCAUGUGACAGACAGAGCCAGGUGGACUUUGACAAUCCUGACUACGAGAGGUUCCCCAAUUUCCAGAACGUGGUUGGUUAUGAAACAGUGGUUGGCCCUGGUGAUGUUCUUUACAUCCCAAUGUACUGGUGGCAUCACAUAGAGUCAUUACUUAACGGGGGGAUUACCAUCACUGUGAACUUCUGGUAUAAGGGGGCCCCUACCCCUAAGAGAAUUGAAUAUCCUCUCAAAGCCCAUCAGAAAGUGGCCAUAAUGAGAAACAUUGAGAAGAUGCUUGGAGAGGCCUUGGGGAACCCACAAGAGGUGGGGCCCUUGUUGAACACAAUGAUCAAGGGUCGAUACAACUAGCCUGCCCAGGAGUCGAGGCCUCCUGCCAGGUGACUGCUAGCCCGUCCACACCGCUUCAUUGAUGAGGACAGGAGACUCCAGGCGCUAGUAUUGCACGCUGCACUUAAUGGACUGGACUAUUGCCAUGGCCCUGGAGCCAGGUGUUUGGGGCAAGGCAGGGUGGUUGGCACUCCACUCCCAUUUGGAGGGACUUCUUGCCCUCGCCUCUGUGCCCCAGCAUCUUCCCUCUCUGCCCCCCUAAGGUCCUGCAUUCAGUGUGUGGAGUCCCAACUUCUGGUUGUCAUCAUGUCUGUGUGUGUCAGUCUGUCACCUUCACGAUGUGUAUGCGUGUGUGUGCAUGCACACGCAUGUAUGUAUCUGUUUCUUGCUUUCUCCUGGGUCAGGAUGCCACUGCUGGCUCUCAGCCCUGUCUCCUGCAACCUCAGUGCCUCAGCCUGAGAGAGAGGAGAUGGUCUUGGACGCCCACUACACCUAGGCUGCAGGUCCAGAGCUCUCUUUCCAGUUUUCAGAGUUAGGCUCUAGGCUGGGUGGGAAUGGCUACUGGGAUUCUUAAUGGGGAAAGUGAGAGGGAGACUUGUCUCUAUGAGCCUCUAGGUAGCCUUCUUGUGAGAGAAUCAGACAGGGUUCCAACUCAGACCUUUAAGCUCAAGCCAUAUGUAGAAAAGAAACUUGGGAUAUAAGAGCCAAGGAUUAUGCAUAAGUUCCAAACUACAGACACAUACAGCUUCUCUCUCUCAGCACCAGCUCUUGGCUCCCUGUGCCGAGUACCAAGGGAGUCGUCCUCGUAGUGGCUUCUCUAGGUUCUAGGGGUAUAAGCCUCUUUGGAUGUGUGUGGUGUGCAUGCGCACACGUGUGUGUAUGUGUGUGUGUGUGUGUGUGUGACACUGGCCUGCCUCUCUGCUUACCGAGUUUCUCCACUGAUUAACCUCGUCCAGUGGGACAGACAGUGUGAGCCCCAGAGAAGUACCGCCUGACCUAGCCUAAAGCUUUUAAACCCGUUUUAGCCAUCGGACACUCACUGGGUCUCACUGCAAACUGCCUGAGGCUGACUGGCCAGAGCCUCCAGGCCUGGGACCCUCCCUUCCCAGGCCAUGUCGUCCUCCUCUCCUGCAGAGCUUCCUGGCUGACUAACGGGGUCAGGCUUAGGCAGAUAACUUGCCACCUGUCAUCCACCUCAGGGCAAGGACAAAAAUGUAGCCUUGCCUCUUAAAGCCAGUGUCUCUGCCAGACCCCACUGUAAUGUUCCGUAAACACCGUUGAAAGUCAGGGCAACUGAUGGAGCACAAAAGUGGAAUUUUUUUUCUGUUAUUACUUGUGGGGGAACCCAUGUCAGGGCAGCCGCUUACAGCUGGGCACUGCAUGACUUGAAGGGGCCAUCAGUCACAUGACUCAUUGGAACUGGGGCCCCUGGAGUUGGGCAGUGUGGUGGCCCUGUGUCUUCUCACCUCCAUGCCCAUCUCCAUGCUUCUUCUCUGUGGAAGGGAAGAAGAGUUGGAAAACUCUGGUUUUAUUUUUUCCUUUUUUUUUUUUUUUUUGCCAAAGGUUUACUUUCAGUGUCUGAGCUGUGGCUCUAAGCUGCGAAGCUCAGUUUACAGUUACCACGCACUGAUGGGCUGAGAGGGUGUGUGUGUGUGCGCAUCUGUGUGUGCAUUUUGGGGAGGGGUGUUUAUUUUUAGUACUCCAUUCUGGGGUUCUCUGAUGCAGCAUGGGUGUGCAAACACGGUACCUUCUCAAGUGUAGUUCUUUCAAAUAUAGCCAAUGCUGGAAAAUGUGUUUGCAGUGAUCUCCAUCCCUCUAUCUCCUUUGGGAAAGAGGAGCGCAGCAAAGAAAACAAGGCAGACAGAGGAUAAACUUGACCACAGUCAAACUUUGAAAGAUAGGAGAUUAUUUUCAUUCUCCUUCAGCCCCCAAAGGUGAGGGUCAGGUGUAGCAGAGAGGCGUGUGCCACUCAGCUGGCCCUUGCUGCGUGCUGUGCUGACCCAGGUCUUACCUAAGGCUACCAAGGGGGAGGGUCCUUUACAGGAUUGGUCCUGAUCCUUGGAUAAUAUAAUAGUGACCCUGAUUAUUAGACACCUAAUAUCUGUGUAGUACUCUUAUCUUGUUCCUCACUAUCCUGAAAGGUGGGUAUUCUCAUUUCACAGCUAACGAAAUGGGUUCAGAGAUUCAGUGAUUAAUGGCAAUAAGGAUUUGAACCCAGUGCUCUUUGGCUGCAAACCCCCAGCUGCUCCCUUCUCACCAAACUGUUGAUUCUCUUACUUUGCCUCCUCCCUCGCACUACAGGCCAUCCUCUGAUCUCACCCCGCUGGGCGGUGCCCAAGAGUAUGCAUGAGAUACAGCUCAGGGUAAAAGCUCUCCUGGGCUCCAGCUAAAGACCGCUUGGGAAAACUACCAGGAAGCCUUGUUUUGAAUUAAGAAUGCUGGCAGGAGCUGUGGGGAAAUGGAGUUCUAUAUCCUAGUGCAUUAUUUGUGUGUCCUUGAAUAGGCCCCAUGACUUCUCCCGGCACACUUCUGCACCUAUGGGAUUGAAGAUCCAGUUCUAGAUGAGAACUAAGAACAUUGAUUCAUGUUCUGCUGCCUCCCUUUCCCCCAAGGAGGAGAUCUAGGCUCCUUUCCUUCACUUCCCUAGAUUAGGGCUGUUCGAGCUCAAAUUCUACUUGCGGUCAAGGAAACUUCCCUGCUCUGUUGCUUACUGCUGUGGUAGCCAGCAGUGUAGAGACACACACACCAAGGGAAGGUAGGGCUUUGGGCCUGAGUGGAGGUCAGCCAUAUUGCAGGCUCCCAUUUUUAUACCAGUAGGUACACAGGAAACUACUCUUUUGUGAAGUCAAAUAUUUGUUGGGGGGUUGGGGUUCGGGGGAGGAAGGGGGGCUGUUCUGGGCAUCAGUUGAGCAGAUGCCCAAGAUGCCUGGGGGAGACCAGCUUCCCCUACAAAUCAGAGCUCUAAAUUACAAGGUUUUUACCAACGCGAACAGUUGGGGGAAGUCGUCUGCUCUCAUUUGCGUAAUGGUUUCUGUCACUGGUGAUUAGACACAGGAUGAAGGAAAAGAAAUUUGACAAUUAGGAAUGAGCGAUCAUUAAUCUGAAUCUGUUAGGAGACUGAGAGGGGAAGGAUCCUUAUCAGUGGGCCAGCCUAGUAUGGGGAAGCCCGCCCUCUGGCCCCCGCCAGACACUUUUGGGCCACAUACCCUUUCAUUAUUCCCACAAGCUGGCAGAGCUGAUACUUCUUGACAGAGGCUAGGUGGGCCCAAACCCCAGCCUGAGGGGGAUACAGGAAUGGACAUGUAUAGGCAUGAGCCAUCAAACAGGCAGAGGUGGAUGUCAAGUGCAAGUGAUAGGGCAAAGGAUAACAAUAGUUGUGACGUAUUUGCUGUUUGUAGAAAAAAUUUUUAAUUCAACACUUCGGGUACCCCACUUGUGACAAGUAUUUGCUACGUUCUAACACCACAGGGUGUGGAGAAAACCUGAUUUGUAUCCUGUAGGAGCUUCUACUUAGUUGGAGAGGAAACCACAUGAAACAACCAGAGGUUAUGAAGCCAUGAAUCAUGUACCCUGUGAGGACAAGAUGAGAGAUUGUUGAGAGAGGAGGAAGAUCAGUAGAGAACAAACCUCUGCCUUUGGGCUCCCUGGGGAGGGACUCUUCACUCAGGCCUCCCAGCAGUGUUGAUGUUUCCCAGUCCCUUCAGCCAUACUGGUCGCUGUAGUAGUUGCAUGGAGGGCACUGAGGCCCCACCCAGAUAUGUGAACAGGUAAUGAGAUCACAUUUAGCGGCCAAGCCGUGAGGUGUGGAGAGUCCUGACCUGGAUCUUCCCAGGUCCAGAUCUCCGCAGUACCUCUGUUCAUUAUUCUUCCUCGGUCUUCGAAAUUCAGGGACUAUAUUAUUUGCCCUAGUUGGUAUUUAUUACUCAGUUUUGUGACUCGUAUGUGGUGGGUUCCUUAGAUUAGAAGCUCCCUCAAAGAUUGGGGGAAAGGGUGGUUCUUUGUCUCCUGUCAGAAUGUGAACUUCACAGACAGGAUGGUGCCUCUUCCUUGAGAAGUUCCCUACGUCUGUGGCUUCUACCCUUCCAGAUCAGGUGCCGAGUUUAGUAGGGCUGCAGGGAAUGGCCCUUAAUGACUAGUUUUACCCAAACAGGAUGGAUGCCAGGGUGCACUUGAAAGUGACUCAUGGGGUUCUAGUCUUUCAGCCCUGUUCUUGUCUUUCUCUGCCUUCAGUGCUUGUCCUCCAGUCCCUGCUGACCUCUCUGGUGUCCUCUUAAGCUACCUGCAUUGCAAGAUGUUCCAGUUUCCCUUUUCAGGGCUCCUGCAAUUUCUCCUCAGCUUCUCUCUGUCCAGUCUCUCCACCAAGGGUCUUUUUCCUGAAUGGUUGCCCUCUCUUCAAAAGCCCCAUCCAUGGCUUCAAGUGCUCAGAUAUAGUUUCUCUAGGAUCCCUCGCACAGGGAUCAGCCCUGAGCAUCUUUGAGUCAUCUUCUUUUCUGACCUGCGGUUAGUCUACUUGCUCUGUAUCUGCUCUGCUCACUUAGCAUUCCUUUGUUCAUUCUGUGUAGCCUGUUGAGCUUUUCUACUCUUGUGGCCCUUCUCCUAGUCUUCAGCCAUCUCUUUAAUCCUCAUAGGUCUUAGGGUCCUCUGUGGAGACCAGCUGAGCACUUUUGGUGUGUUUUAGGGCACGAGGCUUUAGACACUAGCAGCCGUGAGGCCCAGAGACCUGUGGUCAGUGGCACCUCCAAAGAUGGGUGAGGGGAAGGUGUCCAGAGUCUUGGAUGAUGGAGAGCCAUGAGGAGGGAUUGGGUGGGAGAAUCCCCAGGAGUGGGGCCAGGCCUGGCAAGCCAGGGUAGAAGAAGCAAAUUUUGUGUUUCCAUCUAGAUGCGUCUGUGUGCCUUUAUGGUCCAGUUCAGGGAUUGUGGUCAUCUUGUGGAUGUCUGCUGCUCUGUGGUGUCUUUGGUGAUGCUCUAGUCACCAAGUUUGGCUGAUCUCUGCAUUUCAUUGCUUGCUGGGAGGGAAACAGCAUGUUGAGUAGUUUUGUGUCUGGAGCGAAGGUCUUAGAUGAGACAAGCGUGGAAGCUGGGGUAGCAGGUGAGGGGCCGGCGGCCAGCUUACCCAGACUGUCUCUCCACUGCUCCGAGUGGUUAGGCACAAAAGCUGAUUCAAGAAGUGAAAAAAACGAGGCCUUGCCUUCUUCCCUACUCGAAGUCUGGGUUUCAGGUAGUAUUUUGGAAAGGAGCAUGUGUCCUUAACUUCCAAUGAGAAACAACCUAACAUAGUGUUUUGAAGAAUGGAUUUUGGUCAGAUGUCUUUGGUUCUGGUUCAGAUUUCUAGCUUUGCUACUUACCAGCCAGGUUUGACCUUGUUCAUUGACUUUACCUCUCUGAGCCUCAGUUUCCUCAAAUAUAAUGAAAUGUGUGGAGGGGGGCGCGAGGGGGAGUGUUGAAAAUAUCUACCUCAGGGUUGUUGGAUUAACUGAAAUGAUGUUUGUAAAGCUUUAGCACAUACCUGGCAAGCACUUAAUAAAUGGCUGUGGUGGUGGUGGUUGUUACAUU